AUGGUGCCUGUGGCCACCGUGCUAACGUUGCUUGCGUUGUGGGCGGCAGCCCUCCCAGUCCGAGCUGAUGAGAAGUACUGCCUCUUAACAAGCCCCAACACAACAUAUGGGCUCAAUCCCGAUGCUUGUGAGGAAUGCCCCGAGAAUGCCACGACUGAGCCUAAAGGGGAGUUUCGGGAAUGUGUUUGUGGCAAAUUCGAGAAUGCUACCAACAACGAGGCCGAGGAGUGUCGGCAGACCGUGUCGUUUUGCGCGGCAGGCCAAUACGAGCAUGAGGCCCCAACGGUAUCAACGGAUCGUGUUUGCUCCGAAUGCCUCAACGGUACAUACCAGGCUGCUUCAAAUGACGCUAUCGGUGCCUGUUCAAAUUGGACUUUGUGUUUGCCUGGCCAAUUUGUGAGCCGCCCGGGAUCGACAUCACAAGAUCGCGUCUGCGAGCAGUGUCCCGCCAACGAGUAUCAAUCAGAUUAUAACGCAGAACAUUGCAAAUCGUGCCCAAAAGGUUUUAAUUCAACUGUGGGAGCUGAGGCUUGCAAGGGCAAGCCUGGAGUAUAUUUCUUGAAUUUUAGCACGGUGGAUGCGAGCAAUAACGCGGCCUGGUUGGUCGUGACCGUCAAGAUAACAGACCCAAUCAAACCCCGGCUUGAGCUUCUGGGUGACAAUCCCUGGGUGCAAGAAGCGGCUGUAACAGGCAUCCAGGAUCCCGGUGCCGCAGUGAAGGAUUCAUCCGAAUCAAACCUCAAAGACGACUGGAGCAGUAACUUCACGGCAAUCAACCUUCUGCAACCAGGAAACUAUUCAGUGACGUACAAGCAGACGGGAUCUGAUCGGCAGGGCCUCAGCGCCGAUCCCGUGACUCGACUCGUGAUGCUAAGGGACACGAUUGCACCGACCAUCAAACUGGCGCCCAACGUGAAUCGCCCAGACCGUCAAUGGAGGGACACGGCUCAAGAUAUCAUUUUCUUGCAGGCCACCUUUCCCUUUGAUGAGCCUGGCUAUUCAGCUUUUGACGCUGUUAAUGGCUGGCUGAACUCCACGGUCACAGUCACCAACCCGAUCCAGUCGUGCAACCUGCUUCAGAAGUGUGCAAUCAACUACACCGUACCGGAUGCGGCGAGAAAUGUGGGCCAUGCCCGUCGCCUAAUAUCGAUUGUCGAUACCCUUCCACCAAACAUCAACAUGCACGGGCCAUCUGUUGUUGCUUUAGAGGCAGGCGCAGUCUAUGAUGACCUCGGAGCGACGGCCCAUGACUUGCUGAAGGGCAAUGUCGCUGUCGACAGCUCACCCAAAAUCAUCAAAGCGCCUGAUCCGGACACGCCACUGCCCUUCAAUGUGACACAAACCUACAGCGCUACAGACGAUUACGACAACGUCGCAACCGUACAGCGUGUCGUGCAGGUGGUAGACACGACGGCACCAACCAUCAAGCUUAAUGCAAUGCGCACACUUGAGGCCGGGCAUGACUAUGUGCUGCCCUUUGGCGACUGGAUCAACGUGACGGACAACUAUCUCUUCAAUGUGCAUGAGCGCGUCAUUGACAACGUGUCACAUGCUCCCCGCAUGCACAUCAUCACGCCGCUGGAGGUAACUGUGUUGAUCGAGUGCACGGACAAUAACGGAAACACGGCGCGAAGCUUGACGACGGUGACGCUCGUAGACACCACGCCGCCGGUCAUUACAGCCCCCGACAUCUUUCUAGAGGGUGGUACGGCAACAGAAGCCCCGUACCCAAAUAUUUCUGCCAUUGAUCUGGUGGACGGAGACCUCACAGCCAAUCUGGAAACGACGCUGGUUGCGGCAAACAUUUCAUCAGAGCCAGCGCCACAUGUCUGUGGCAUUGGUGCUAGCCGGCAGACGGACCCGGCAUCCCGUGCCUUCCAGGCAGCUCGCUGCUUUUCGAGCGCCGCUGCAGUGGUCUCAACAGCACCGGCAGGUUCAGUCUUCCUACUGAGGCAUCAUAGUCAAGAUGCGGUAGGUAAUGUUCGGCUGCAGACGCGUCGCGUGACCAUUCGGGACCAAUUGCCGCCCAGGCUGGACAUCAAGGGUUCCCUCGCCACGACAGUUGAAUAUCAGACCACCGGUACGCUCCUCUUUGCCGACGCAGGCACCAAUGCGACAGAUGCCCUGGAUGGAGAUAUCGCCAGCUGGGUAUGUGUGUCAGUGGAGCGCUACAGACCUUCGGGAAUGAGCAUGCCAGGCAGCGGUGGACAGACUGACACAAGUGAAGAGCCAGCCACAUUGACAGAGGUCGUCUUGACACGAGGACAACUGAAUGAGGUGGCGCCUCACAACUGGAGCGACUUUUCCAUCGGCGAGCGGGGCCAACCCCUUGCAACAGGCGGACUGGUCAUGCUUCUCCGCAACGCAACACCCGGUACACUUUACGUUGUGAUUUACAGUGUGCAAGAUGGUGCUGGCCACCAAGCCAGUGCCAGUCGGCAGUAUCUGGUAGUGGACACGGUGGCGCCCACACUUCGGCUUUUGGGUGGCGCGAAAGUCCACAUACCUUUUGGCACGGAGUAUCGCGAGCUUGGGGUAACAGCCAUGGAUACUUCAGAACACCUUCUUCGGGUGCGGGUGGUUGAAGUCAAUGUGAUAAACGUGAGGCGUGCAGCGUCCUAUGUCCUGGAGUACGUGGCACGGGACAGGUACAACAACACUGCGCGAAUACAGCGAACGGUGGUUGUGGACGAUUUUGUGCUGCCAAACUUGGAGGAGCAGGUGGAAUUGCGGGUACGAAGCAGCCGGCCGCCUUCUUUGUUGGACGCAAAUGAAGUGGAGCGGAACUUGCAGGCUUUCUUGCAGCCACUGGGCUUUGUCAGCUUGCUGACAUUGCGCUUGGCUAGCGAUACAGAGGUGCAGUACAAUCAGCUGCCCAGUGUGCGGGCAGCUGUUGCUACUGCGGUCGGGGAUGCCGGGCUUGAGUCUGCGCCCGGUGCAAGGCAUCUCUUGGCCGAGUACAGCUUGGUGAUCAAUUGUGCCGUGCGAAGCAAUGCCACGCUGGCUUAUAUGCCCGCGGCAGCGGUGUUAGCAGCGGUGGGCGAAGAUGAAAGCGCUUGGUCGGGCGCUUUGGGAACGGGGUCACUUGAAGUGCAAAGCGCUCGUGACGCGUCGGCAGACAAGGCUCCCCAGAGUGUCUCUACGGGUCUGGUGGUGGGGAUCUGUGUGACCAUGGUCUGUGUUGUGGCGGCGAUGCUGGUUGUGAUGCGACGCCGGCAGCGACAAUCAGUAGGGCAUCAAUUUAACGGAAAGGCGUCCGAGCCAAGCACGCAAGGCAUGGCAAUGAUUGACGUUGAUGGUAUGUAUACAACAGCACUGGAGCCGAGCAGCGGUCGAACCUCAAUGGGAAGCGGCCGUGCGGGUAUGGUGGCUGCAUUGGCCAGCUAUAAUGCCGGCGAGUCGUCAGCCAUGCACGAAACGACCUUGGAUGGCGAGACGUACGACAACCCACGCUCCCAUCGGCCAGCGCAACAGCAGACGAUCUCUUCCAUGUAUGCAGUUCCAGACGACCCGAGCAUGACAUCCACGUUUGCUUUUGAGACGUAUGACACGCCCAACGCCAUGGAGGACGCAAUCUCCAAUCCAGUCCUGUACGAUCAGCCCAACGCUUCGGAUGCAGGCGUGUAUGUCCCUGACACAUACGAUCAGCCCAACGCUUCGGAUGCAGGCGUGUAUGUCCCUGACACAUACGAUCAGCCCAACGCUUCGAAUGCAGGCGUGUAUGCCCCCGACACAUACGACCAGCCCAACGCUUCGGGUGCAGGCGUGUAUGUCCCCGACACAUACGAUCAGCCCAACGCAACCAGCUCUCUGACACCAGAAACGUACGAUGGGGUAGAUGUCAAGCCUCAGGAAGAGGCCGAGGCCGUGGAUUCGUCUGACACCCCUCCGGUGGCACGGCAAGCUGUUGGUUCGUCCGAGGAACAUUUUGCCGGUUUUGGAAAUGAUCAAGUCGACCCUUCUCUGGCGGACGAGCCAGCACCAACGGCAAGGCUAGCGAAAGUGGAAAAAUCGGUUGGAGCUCUGCCUCCCCGAACUUUGAAGGUACCAGCGGCGCCAGCACCUGGCGCCCAUUUUGAAGAAGCACCCGCGCCUGCUGCGACUUCUGCCAAGAGCGCAGAGGCCGUGCGCGGCCGUGCCAUUUCCAUAGGUAGCAGUGCACCAGCACAGGUAGAAUCGGCCAAGAAUAACCAGGCUGGGCCGCGGGCACUGCGCAGCCACAGUAUUGGGAUAUCAAGCCGUGAGGGCUUGCAGGAGAAGGCCGUGCCUCUGGCUGGCGCACGGCGUCAAGACGGUGGUGCGGUGGGCAUGACUGGAGGUUCGCUGCUGGCGGAGGCGCGAUUGCAUCCCAUGUAUCAUGACCACUGCUCACGUGAGUCAGCAGAAGCUGCCUUGGGCCAUCUUGACGACGGCAGCUUUAUUCUUCGGUACAGUGAGAACACGGCCACUGUGGUGCUGACGGUUCGCAGGCGCAACACUUUUGCGCAUCACAAGUUACGUGUCCUACCGGAGGGAACGGCCUGUAUCAAUGACACGGCCGUGGGGCGCUUCGAUGACUUGAAUGAACUCUUGAUGGUGUUCAGUGAACCAAAUGGUUACAUCGAAGGCGUACUGCGGAUGAGCUUGGAACAUACGCGCCCGGGGGUGGGUGCUUCAGGGGUGGCCAAAUCGGUGUUGGGUGGAAAGCCAGAUCUACGCUCGGGCUCCACCUUGUUGGAUCAACCCUGGUUUCAUGGCGGAAUCGGGCGCCAGGAAAGUGAGGCGCGCCUGCGUGACUUUGGAGAGGAAGGCGCAUUUUUAGUACGGCGGAAGGGGCCCAGCUCCUUUGCGAUUAGCGUACUAACGGACGGCAAAUUGGUGCACCACCUCCUCCGUUUGCGUGGCGAUGUGGUGCAGUUUAACGACUUGGUUGUACCCGGGGUCUCGACAAUCGAGGCUGCAAUUGCGCGGCUGUGCCAGGAUGGGGCGGCUGUGCUUGUUCAUCGCUUGUGCACGCCCUGCCCAGAACCGGACACCAUGGCAUCGGUGGUGCCACCCCCCCAACGGUACAUCAUGCCAGCAGAGGAAGAGAACGGCAAGGCCGUCAAGGAGGAGGUGCAGGAUGGCCCGGAUGCCGUCAGUACCAGCGGACGCCCCAAGCGCCGCGCCUCGCAGCGGGCCAGUUUUCGCGAAGCCGUGGUAGAUGACGAUGACGAAGAUUUCGAGGUCGAUGUAAGCCUUGAAUCCCUGUCCCACCAGACCUGUGCGACUGCACGCACAAAACGCCAUCCCAGCUUAUCUAUGAGUGCCAAUGCCGUUCCGGAGUGCCUGCCAAGCAUAACCUCACAUUGUGACUGUCCACAGGAGAAGCCAAAGAAGCCAGCCAAAAAGGCUGCGGCCAAGAAAUCACCCGCCAAAGGCAAAAAGGCUGCACAACCGGCUGCGAAGCGAGGCAAAGCGGCGGCGCCCAAUGGCAAGGCAGCGAAGCGCAACGGCAAGGCCAUCAAGACUGAGCCAGAGGCCGGAGAGAACAAGCCCAAGCGCAAGAAAGCCAAGAAAGAGCCCGAGGAGGAGGAGGAGAUCCAUCGCUGGUGGGAGGAGGAAGAGCUCCCUGAUGGCCAGAAGUGGCGCACCUUGACGCACCGCGGCCCACUUUUCCCACCCGCAUACGAGCCACUGCCCAAGGGCGUGCACCUCCUCUACGAUGGCAAGCCUUACUUGCUAAAGCCGGAGGCAGAGGAGAUUGCAGGCUUUUACGCCAUGAUGCUCACGCGAGACUACGUGCACAAGGAUAUUUUCAACGAAAACUUUAUGCAUGACUGGCGAGCCAACAUGACCCCCCAGGAGCGCAAGGAUCUGACGGACAUUAAAAAGUGUGACUUCUCCCUCAUCCACAGUCACUAUCAGCAACGCGCCGAAGCACGCAAAGCAGCCAGCAAGGAGGAGAAGGAAAAGCGCAAAGAAGCCGAAGCUAAACUGAAGGAAGAGUAUGGCUUUGCUCUUAUGGAUGGUCGCAAGGUCACCAUUGGCAACUUUCGCAUUGAACCCCCAGGUCUGUUCCAAGGGCGCGGUGAGCACCCCAAGAUGGGCAAGCUGAAGCUACGUGUGAUGCCUGAAGAUGUCAUCAUCAACGUGGGUCCCAAGGACAAGGUGCCAGAGCCGCCUGCUGGUCACAAAUGGAAGGAGGUCAAGCACGACAACACCGUCACUUGGUUGGCCGGCUGGAAGGAAAACAUUCAAGAUCAAAACAAGUAUAUCAUGUUGAGCGCCGAUACACACAUCAAGGGUCGCAACGACUGGAAAAAGUAUGAAACCGCGCGCAAGCUCAAGGAGCACGUGGACAAGAUUCGCCGCGACUACACCCGUGACUUGAAAAGCAAGCUCAUGUUUGAGCGUCAGCGUGCCACGGCGCUGUAUUUUAUCGACAAGCUCGCCCUUCGUGCCGGUGGCGAAAAAGAUGCCGAGGAACAGGCUGAUACUGUGGGUUGCUGCAGCCUGCGCGUCGAGCACUUGGAGCUUUUGCCCGGGGAUGAGCUCGUGUUUGACUUUCUGGGUAAGGAUUCCAUCCGUUAUCAGAACCAGGUCAAGGUCGACCAUCAAGUCUGGAAGAACGUGGGCCAUUUCAAGAAGAGCAAGGAGCCCGGGGAUGAGCUCUUUGACCGCCUUCGUACACAACAACUCAACGAGUAUCUGCAGUCACUUAUGGACGGCCUCACGGCCAAGGUCUUUCGUACUUACAAUGCCUCAAUCACGCUACAAGACCAACUCAAGUCAACGCCGGCCGGUGGGACAGUCGAGGAGAAGCUACUUGCUUACCAACGUGCCAACCGCGCCGUGGCUAUUCUUUGCAACCAUCAACGUGCCGCGCCCAAGACGCACGAUGAGCAGAUGGAGCGUUUGGAUGAGGCAUUGGUCAAGAUUCAGAAGGAGCUGGACAGCACCAUCAAGGAGCGCAAAAAGCUCAAGAAGGACCUGCGUGCGCAAGGGUCAGACGUGAGCAAAACUGAUCUCAACCGAUUGGACGUGCUCAAGCGCAAGGUGGAUCGCCUGGAAGAGCGCUUGCACAAGAAGCAAAUUGCCAAGGUGGAUAAGGAGGAGAACAAAUGCAUCGCUUUGAGUACCUCCAAGCUCAACUAUCUGGACCCUCGCAUUUCUGUCGCUUGGUGCAAAACGCACGACGUGCCUGUUGACAAGGCCAAGCGAAGCAAGGCCACGGCUCAGUCGCCAGCCAAGAGUCCCAAGAAGGUCGAGGAGCAGGCCGAGGAGCAGGUCGUGGAGAAGCCGCUGGUUGAAGACAAGACGCAAGCCGAGGAGGAGCCACAGGUCGAGAGCGUGGAGACAACUGAGGGUGCUCCAGUAGUCAAGCGACACAAAAUCAUGGUGCUGGACGCCCUCACCAAUGAGCAAGCGCAAGGUCGAGGCCGACCCAAGUCUGGCCGGAUCUGGAAGGCUGUCAAAUCCGAACGGUUCUCAGCCAACCACAAGUCCAUAUCAGGGACGGCGUGGGCCAAGAAAGCAGCUGAGCGCCAAAAGCAAAAGCUUCUCGAUGCGCAAGAGAAAGAGAUGAAGGAGGAGACCAAGCGCCAGCAACAGGAGCGAGGCGCGCGCUUGAAGGCAAAACGCGAGCAAAAGGAAGCCAAUCGCUUGAAGAACAUGCGAUUGCAACAGGGCGGCCAGGGUCCGGUUUCAGCAGCAAAGCUGCGACGCAUGAGCAAGAAGCAACAUCGUGCGGCUCAAAAGAAGCAAUGAACACAUUCGGCACCAGCAAGAUAAACCGGGCGGAUUUGAUGAAAGGGAAUAUGUGCCCCUGGCGUUAGGGCUGACAAUUUGUGUGCUUUUUACCUUUGCUCGGUUUGUUUUUUCGGUUUGUUUUCUGUGGCCCGCCAAACUGUUUUUUUUUUGGUCGUGAUUGUACACAAGCCAUGCUUGCAUCCAGAUGCCAGCGCAUCUGAUCUUUGUUUCGUUUUUAUCGCCUGACAAAAUUCGAGAAACUGGUUGACACCGGUAUUCCUUAGCGCCUCCGUUUUUCGGCCCCGCGUGCUCGCCCGUGAUAUUUUGUGUGAUUUUCACCACAGCCCCACCUGGCUGUGUGUGCGGGUGUGUGUUGAGUGUAGAAUUUGUGAAUGAGUGUGAUAGUGAUCUGGCCGAGAACACAAUGGCAGCAAAACUU